CUUUUUAUUCAAAUGGGUCCCAUGUGGGGCGAAUCGUCCGGCUGAGAUCUGAUAGGCUGAUAAUAGCCAAAACAAAAGCCCCAUGUUUUAAAAAUUGAAACCAAAGCCACUCUUUUGUCUCCACAGAUCUCAUGGCGAUUUCUCGAUCUUAUCGUGUAACACAUAACCUCUGGAGCCAAUCCUCUCCUUAACAGUUUCCCGAUUGUUGCGCUCUACGGAUAAAAAAACCAAAGAAAAAAAAAAGAUACAAGCGGUGAAGAUCGAAACCCUAACUCGGGCGAUUCGACUCGUUUGUUCACAAGCCAACGCAACUCACAUCCAAAGAGCUAUAUCCUUUGGCAAUGCGACUCUGGUUCUCGGCGAUAUCCCUCUCGAGAGAGGACUCCUUUUUUUCGGCUAAAAUCUUCGCCUGUUUUCAGAUUCAUUUAGAGAGUUCUAGAUAUGACGAACGAUUCCCAUGCCCCUAAUUCAAGGGGUCUCCUUUGCAAUGCUGGUGCCGGCGCCGCCGCCGGUGUUAUUGCUGCAACAUUCGUGUGCCCUUUAGAUGUUAUAAAGACUAGAUUUCAGGUUCAUGGGCUGCCAAAACUCAGUAACGCUACCGUUAAACGUAGUCUUAUAGUUGGUAGCUUGGAACAAAUAAUUCAGAAGGAAGGCUUGCGUGGCAUGUACCGUGGGCUUGCUCCUACUGUACUCGCUUUACUUCCUAAUUGGGCAGUAUAUUUUGCAAUGUAUGAGCAGCUCAAAGACUUUCUUUGUUCUAAUGAUGAGAAUCACCAACUGUCAAUAGGUGCUAACAUGCUAGCUGCAUCUGGUGCUGGAGCUGCAACAACCAUUUUCACAAAUCCUCUUUGGGUUGUGAAGACAAGACUUCAAACUCAAGGAAUGAGAGCAGGAGUGGUUCCUUAUAGGAGUACACUUUCUGCUUUGAGGAGAAUAGCCCAUGAGGAGGGUAUUCGGGGUUUAUACAGUGGUCUCGUGCCUGCAUUAGCUGGUAUCAGUCAUGUUGCCAUUCAGUUUCCAACAUACGAGAAGAUCAAAUUCUAUUUAGCCGAUCAAGAUAACACUACAAUGGAUAAACUCAGUGCGCGUGAUGUUGCUGUUGCUUCAUCAGUUUCCAAAAUAUUUGCAUCCACAUUGACUUACCCACAUGAGGUGGUACGCUCAAGGCUUCAGGAACAGGGACAUCACUCUGAGAAACGUUAUUCUGGUAUGGUUGAUUGCUUCAGGAAAGUAUUUCAGCAAGAAGGCCUUGCUGGAUUCUACCGUGGGUGUGCAACAAAUCUUAUCAGGACCACACCUGCAGCUGUUAUCACCUUCACAAGCUUUGAGAUGAUUCAUCGAUUUCUUGUUGACCUCUUCCCUCCUGAUCCAUAGCCUCACCCAUUGUGAGGCAUCGUGCUCAAACAUGGAUAUCGCCACUGACGCCUGGCCUAGGACCAGGCAGCUUAUACAUCAUCUUGGUAGUGACACAUUUUCACAGUUUUUUUUUUUUUUGUAUUCUUCUGGUAGCUUUUUACCAAUAUUUAUUCGGUCCUCAUCUAACCCUUGUAAGAUCGAAGGUUCCUGAGGAAGGUGUGGACAUGUUAUACUGACAAUGAUAAUGACGAAAAUGGUAGAUCGUGAGCUUAACUUAGCACAUUCUUGAAGGAUAGGUAGAUAAUUACAAUUAUUUAUCUUUGCUUAUCGUUUACUACUUGCUUGUUAUCCCUGUUUUGGUCUAUCAUCUUAUUGUUUAACUUUCAAAGUUUAUAAACUAUGUAAAAUUGGGGUUAGGCUCCCCACCAUUAUUUUUUUUUUAUCUAUUACUUUUCAAUACAAUUUUGAUCACCAUCCACAUGACUUUUACAGUUCUUAAGUGGAACUGACACAUGUAAAUGGUUUUGAUGAGUGUAUUGAAAAAAAUGGACAAAAUAAUAAUGGAGGGGAGUUUAACUUGUAAAAUUGAAUGAAGAUUGCUGCUAGAAAGGAACUUAGGUUGUGCAGGUACCAUGGCUUGAUUUAAGGUGGAGAAAUUUUUUUUUUUUCUGUGAAGGAUUCCACGGUAUUGAUGUUUGAUAUUGCCUAAGGUUUGAGCUAUUUAGAAGAAAUUGGAAGUUUGCUUGGCACUCCGGGAAAUUGACCCCAAAAUCUAAUUCAUUAACAGCUGUGUCUAGGAAUUAGUUGGAAGGGUGUAAGGGUUUGCAUUUGGGUCCUUAUAUUCAAACUGCAGAGGGCUGAUAUCACUAGGUUGGUACUGCAAAAUUAUUCUUUCAUAUAUUGUCUAAGCCUGCAAUCUAGCAUUAUAUAUGAUCAAUUAGUUUCCUUUUCUAUGUUCCGUUGUUCCUUUCCUCAGGGUUUUACUGGUGAACACUUGGGCUUGGCCCGUAUCAAUGAUCUGAUUCAUGCAGUGUGGCUAUGACCAGACCUUGCUUCAUUGCUGGUUAAUUUGGGAUACUCACCCCAACUUAAAAGAGUAACCAAAUUUGUCUGAAUUGCCGUGUAACUAUGACAUGCAUGCAAAUUCAGUCCAGUUCUUAAUUUGGGCUUUUGUUUUGGAGACGAAUUUAGCUACCUACCCAAGGUCUCGAACUUCCUCCUCAACUCGCUCCCAGGAAUGAAUGGUAGCUAAAUAAGCAUUCAAACGCGUUUGCUUUUCUGAGCAAGUAUAAGGAAUUUUGGAUGGGGAUUGCAAAUUUGCAAGGAUAAGAGUUGUUGGGAUAGGGAUUUUCUGAUGGAAACAAGAUACUUAUAAUCUGUUAUGAAAUCACAAAACAAACCAUAACAGAAAUGCUUGGCUUUAAAUACUAAGCCUGAGCCUAUAGGUCAAUUGUUUGUGUUGAGACUUGAGAGUUCAUACUUCAAGUAGAGAUCAUAAACUCUAGUAAGAAAAGAGAGAAAUUUGGCAUCAUACAAAAAAUCUAAGCUCCUGGCUCCCAUUCAAUAUAAGUCUUCCCUUAAUGCAAAGGAGACGCACUCUCUAUUUAAUACGUGAGAAUAUUCAUCAGUCAUGAUCGAUCUAAUUAAUUCCUAUUUAUUUAACCAAUAACUAAAUGCAAGUUUCAAAGAGGGAUAACCAUUUCCUGAUCAGCUUGGUUUUUUCAUGCGGUGAGCUCAAGUUCCGGA